AUGACGUUCAUCAUUGUUUGUCGUUCCACUCUCAUGAGGAUGGCUAGACUGAGAGCGGUGGCUGCUACCAUCAUCUCGAGAUAUCGACUUUCUACAACACUCUUUAGCCUCCUCUGGCAGUUGCCUGCUCGCAGAUUGGCGAGUAUGACCAGCUCGUCACUACAUAAGUCAUCAAACUCACGACUACAAGUCGUUACAACUACAAUGAGAGGCUUCCUCCGGAAGCUUGCAGCACAGGCAUUUACCGUCACGCGUUUAGUGUUUGAGUCGUUUCCGUACCGCAGCCCAGUCGACGUCUGCGACCCAAUGCUCUCUGACGCUGGCUUCUGGUUUGUCCCGUCAUCCGCUCGCCAUCCCAUCAACAGCUUGAGAGACCAGCCCACCCCCCGAUAA